CGCGGGGCAGCCGUACGGCGCCGGGGCACCGGGCGGGCAGAUUUCUCGUCUGGACAUUGGAAAUAACUUCGGUUUUGGGCUUCUUUCUGUUGACCUGGGAUAAAAAGAUGGCAUAUCACAAAGUGAAUGCAGACCAGAGAGCACAGGGGCACUCUCCAUACCUUGACAACGAUGACCUCCAGGCCACAGCACUGGAACUGGAAUGGGACAUGGAAAAAGAGCUGGAGGAGCCUGGCUUUGACCAUUUCCGACUGGAUGGUGCAGUCCAGCAUCAUCUGGGAAACUCACAGAGCCCUGACCUUGAUCUUGAGCCCAUCCAGCCAUCAGCUUCUCCUAAAGGAAGAUUCCAGCGACUUCAGGAAGACCCUGACUACAUCUCACACUACACAAGACAGGCACCAAAGAAUAACCGCUGCAACUUUUUUCAGAUACUGAAAGUAUUUUGCACUGCUUUGAUUGUAUUUAUUUUUGGAAUUGUGAUAGGAUAUUAUUCAGGCAAGAAAUGUCCUUCUCCCCCAGCAUCUCCAGAACCAAAUAACCCUCAUAUCUACCGUGAAAUCCUCAAGGAAAUCAAAGCUGAAAAUAUUCAACAGAUUUACAGAGAUUUCUUACAGUUCCCUAGAGAAGAUGAUGUAGACACUGCAAUGAAAAUUCUGGGUCAAUGGACUUCUCAUGGCCUUGAAGAUGUCCAGCUGGUAAAUUAUUCUGUUUUGCUUGACCUACCGGGCUCUUCUUCAAACACAGUAACUCUGAAAAACAGCGGCGAAUGCUUUUAUCCUGAUGGACUGCAAUGCAACAGAGGGACCAAAACUCUUCAUAGCCAAGACCUCCUGUACUCAUAUGCAGCUUACUCUGCCAAAGGAACACUUGAGGCAGAACUCGUUGAUAUACAGUAUGGGACCAUAGAAGACUUGAUCCGGAUUCAAGCCAUUACAAACGUGACCAAAAAAAUUGCACUUUUGAAGCUAGGACAAUCACCUUUACUUUAUAAGCUUUCUUUGUUGGAAGACGCAGGAUUUGGUGGUGUUCUUCUUUACGUUGAUCCGUGUGAUUUACCAAAGACUACAGAUCUUGCUGAUAAAGCUUUUAUGGUUUCCUUGAACAGUGGAGGAGAUCCCUCAACACCUGGCUAUGCCAGUAUUGAUGGAAGCUACAGACAACAUCGACUGAACCUCACAACACUGUUAGUGCAACCAAUUUCUGCAGUACUUGCCAAAAAACUCAUUUCUGUACCUGAGAACACUUUCCAAAAAGAUAGGUGUGUCCCCUUUCAACUGCCAAGUACAGAGAAAAAAAUAAUCAGUCUGAAUAUUCAGUCAGUCACAACAUACAGGACAAUUUCUAAUGUUAUUGGAUAUUUAAAAGGAACUGUGUUUCCUGACAGAUAUGUCCUAAUUGGUAGUCAUCACAACAGUUUGAACACUUCCAAUGGGCAAGAAUGGGCCAGUAGCACUGCUAUCAUUACAGCAUUUAUACAGGCUUUGAUGUUGAAGGUCAAGAGAGGCUGGAGACCUGACCGGACCAUUGUUUUCUGCUCCUGGGGAGGAACAUCGUUUGGGAACAUUGGUUCAUAUGAAUGGGCAGAGGAUCUCAAGAGAGUUCUUCAAAGAAAUGUUGUGGCUUAUGUUAGCCUCCAUAAUCCAGUCAGAGGCAACUCAACUUUACAUCCUAUUGCAUCUCCUUCUCUUCAGCAACUGACAGCAGAGAGUCAGAGCUUCAACUGUGUGGAAAAGGCUAAGUGUCCUGGAUCUAAUGUGAGUUCCGUGCAGAUACAGGGAGAUUCAGAUUAUUUCAUCAACCAUCUUGGAGUACCUGCCACGCAGUUUUCUUAUGAGGACAUCAACAAAUCAGAGAAUUCUAGCUUUCUCUCCGAAGCUCUUUUUCCUGUACACGCAACAAAAACUGAAGAGCUGGAUCCCUCAUUCAAACUGCACGAGACCAUUGCAAAGCUAACAGGACAAGUGACUUUACAAAUUGCCAAUGAACCAGUUUUGCCGUUUAAUGCCCUCGACAUCGCACUAGAAGUUCAGAACAGUCUUAAAGUGUUCAUAGGUGAUGAAGUAGAUGCUUCUCAGUUGCUUGCGGUGGCAUCACGACUGAGGGAUACUGCAGAAUUGUUCCAAUCAGAUGAGAUGCGCCCAGCUAAUGACCCCAAGGAGAGAGCUCCUAUCAGAGUCAGGAUGCUCAAUGAUGUGCUGCAAAGCUUAGAGAAAAGCUUCCUGGUUCAGCAAGCUCCUCCAGGACUUUACAGAAAUAUUCUUUACAGACUAGAUGAAAGGACAAACCAGUUUUCAGUACUGCUAGAGGCACUGGAGCACUACAAACUACGUCAGUCAAAUGAGACCAUUCAAGCAGCCUUGUCAGAGGUGCUGAACAGCAUCAGUUCAGCUCAGGUUUACUUCAAAGCAGGACUUGAUGUGUUUGAGACUACCUUAGCUGGAAAGAAAUGAGAGAAUUCUCUGCAUUCUAAGACGUUUGUUUACAACUCGCUAAACAAAAGUUCGACUCGGACCAGAAUUUCUCUGAGGAUGAAACCUUUCUCAACUUUUCUUUCAGUUGGCGCUAAAAUGUACUGCAAUGUGUGUUUUUAUAAAUAUAAAACAGUCUUUUGCACUGUUCACAGUAUAUCUCAAAUGUCUGUUUCUGAAUGUAUAAAACGAUGGGAGGGACUAACACUUAAUGAUUUUUGGAAGGACAUCUGCUGUAUUUUUAUAUGUAAAAUAUAUUUUUAUGACGAAGAGCUCAGUCUUGUGAAGUACCAAGCACAUCCUGCAAUACACUGAAGACCUGGUUCUGAGACACCCCAGAUGUAUAUCCAGGUGAGCUUUCCAUGCCUACUCUGUCAGAAAAAUGUGACUUAAAUAUACUCUUGUGUUCCUUAACUUCCUCAGCAAACUCAUCUUCCUUACUCCUUUCAGAAUAAGUAAUUGAAGGAUGUGGCAUUUUCUGGGGUAUGCAGUGCUAAAGUUAAUCUGGAAAUAUUCAAAACACCCUUAUCAGUGCAAUCUAACAUCUUUAUUCCUGUGGAACAAUAAAUACCUCAAUUCUGAGAAUACAGAUAAACUUUGAUUAUCACAUUUCUGUCUGAAACAAAAUUAUUUUCUCUUCUAAUUCUUGGAGAGAGAAUUUAUGAGAUGAUUACAAGUGAUUUGAAAAGUUUGCAUCAGUAGUUAAAAGUGCAAAAAACUUUGAAUUUUUAUGUUAAGUAAAAGGAACUGCCUAGUCUAAUUAGGCUACAGGCCUUGUAAUCUUAUGUCUUACCGAAAGAAGCCACUUCAAGGUUUCCCUAAAUUUCCAGGGAGCAGUAAGUGAAAAUAAGAACUCAGAGUUCUGGAAACAUUUUUGAGAUUCCACCACUUGGCCACACCACUCACUAUUUCAGGGUGGAUCAUUCCAACUGUAGUGCCCAGUUUGUUCCCUACCACGGAACCAGCAAUUCACCUCUGAAGACAAAUCGAUGAAGCAUACUGCAGGGCUAGUUUGCAUUGGUGGAAGCCCUGUCCAGAGGCUGUAAUCACACCAUUACAGCAUUGACUUGAAGUAAUCUCUGAAUGAAAGGACCAGGAGGUUCAGUGUCCUAAACCUCUAAGGGGAUCAUAUACACACUUGAGAAUUGCGUCUUAAUAAUAUGAACACUUAAAAUUGUUAAACCCAAUUGGGUUUAGAGUUUUACAAUCCCAGAUGAUUCUGGGAUUAGAGAUUAAAAAAUAAUUUUAUAUAAAUUCUUAGAAUUAAAAUAUAAUUUAUUUGAUGGAAACAAUAAAUGUGUUGUUACCAAAUUUGCCAUGGAAACAUUGCAGAAACAUUUCAGGUAUCUGUAUGAAUGUAAAGAAAUGCCUUCAGGAAAAUUACAAAGUAUAUGUUCACAUAGCAAGAAAUGAGAGUUGUUUUUGGAUCUGUGUUUCUGUUUUCUCAAAGACAUUGGCAAAUGGGCCUCUAUUAGCAGUGGCCUAGGACAGGGUACUUACAGCUAUGCUGUUGCUACAUUUCUUUGCAAGUUUUUAUCAUAAUUUGGGCAAAAGCAUCCCUGUUCUGACAGAGGUGGGGCUAUGCAAUUGUACAGCCACAACCGAAGUGAGAAUAUGUUCAGUAACAGUGACUGUGACUGCAUGAACUUAGA